AGCAGCUCCAAGCACAUCCAACACGGACGUUGCGCGCGCGUAGCGGCAGCACCCAAAAUCGUACCGUUAGCGGCAUUUUUUUUUUUUGACUCACAUUUGUUUCGCGUUCAUCAAAACGCGUGCCCGCAGCUCCCUCAUGUCUGGGGGAGACCAGAACGGCACGCGAGGGACGGGGUUCGUCCACCUCAACACCCCCGCAAGCAUCCACUACACCACUGGGCAGACGCUGUCCCUCUCCGCCCUGCGUCAACGCAAGUCUCGCGUGGAGUGCGUCGUACUGCCCGAGUCGGUGGCCGUGUGGCGUCGCGCCUUUCAGCGAUACGUGAAGGAGGAAGGCUACAGCAGCUACGCCGCGGAUGUGGAGGAUGAGCGGGCGGGCAGCGGCGUCGUUCUGCCUCCGUUGGUGCCGCAGCGCAGCGGCCCGGAGCGGCGUCGUGCACAGGACGGCGUGUCGGCAACGGACGCCUUCUUCUGCUCUCCAACUUCUUGUGGGGCAGCGGAGGCAGCAAAGAAAGCGUCCACCGCUGCAGCGAGUGCCACGUCAUCCGCAAACGACGCUGCGGCGCCAGUUCAAGCCGCGGCGACGGUGUCAUCGUCCGGCAGCGCGGACGCGUCGUCGUCGUCGUCCUCUUCGGCGUCUCCGCUCGCCCUGCAACCCGCCAAAGGCAUCACCAUCGUGAGCCACCACAAGGUGGCGGGCCGCCAGCAGUUCGUCUACCCCGACUACGACGGCGUGCUGUCGGCCGGAGUAGUGCCGCAGGUGAUUGUGACGGAAGAAGAAAAGGCCGAGGAAGAGGCGGCGAAGGCGUUUUACAUAUCAGCACUGGACAUGACGGAGGAGGAGCUGGCUGCGCUGGAGGAGCUGCAGGCGCUGUGGAAGAGCCGCGCCCGCAGUCACUCGUUUCUCGGCGCACAACACCGCAACGCGGCGAAGGGAUCGACGGACCCGUCCACACCAGAGGAGGAGGAGCACGUCUCCUCCGGCAGUCGUCAACACGCCAGUCGAGAAGAUCGUCCGUUGAAGUCGCGUCGCGUCGAUGGUGGACACGAGACGGUGGAGGACAUCGCCUACGCCGAGGCAGAGACUGCGGUGGAUGACGCAUCAACGCUGGAUAAGGAGCUGGCCGAGGCCUUGCGUUUGGCGGACGAUCUACUGCGAUUUGCGUAG